AUCUUGAGCUAAAGAAAAAAAUACCUGGAUUGCCUAGAAGUAUUUUCCAUCACUUCAGUCAACAAUGGCUGGGAACAAAACCUGCCAUAAGCCUGAUCUCUUUACCGUUGGUCUGAUCUUUGUGAUUGGCGUGCUUUGCAUUGCUGGGACUGCCUUCGUAAGCAUUGGUGCCUUCUAUUUACAUGACUGUGAAGUGGAGAGACACAUCCCCAUAUAUGUGCUGGUACAAGGAGUCGUUUUACUACUAGCUGGGGUCAUAGUUCUUAUCCUGUUCACAAGAGACAAGUUUAUUUUGUUUUUCCUCCUCCUCUGCAUACCGUGCACAUUCUGGUUCUGUUGGCUCAUAAUUGGAAGUGUCUGGGUGUUUCCACACUACACCACUUACCAUGGACAGUGCAAUGAUGUUUUGUACCUCUUUGCUUUCUGGACACUCAUUGUUCAGUACAUUGGACUCAGUAUUGCCUUCUUGUCCACUAUUAUAUAUGGCUGCUUCAUCUGCAUCAUGCUGUGGGCCUGCAUGGGUGUUAAUGGAUAAAAAACCCCACAGAAAUGGAAAAAAUGGCUUCUGAGAACAGUAGCCAUUAUUCUUUAAAAAAAAAAAAAGACUAAAGACUAUAGGACUUUGGAUAAGAGAUUAUAUGAUUUGUCAAAUGGAACCCUUGGUCAGCAAUUAUUGAGGGGCUUUAAUACUAAACACUAUUCAGGUGUUCGCAACAAUUUGAUUGGUUUCAUGUGAUGUCUGCAUAAAGCUAAUUUUGCAUUCAAGGUAAUAGACCAUCAAGUAUGAAGAUCAAAACCAGUCUUCAUAAUGACCCAACUAAUGCCUGUGGUGAACGCUCAACUGUUGGCAGCCAUAAACUUCAUGAAAUCGGACGCCCACCAUUCCCUAUGGCUUUAAUCAAGCAGUGCAUGGCUAAAUGAUUACGUUUUCCAAAAUAAUCAAAAUAAUAUGCAAAGCGGCGUUUGAAUAGUGCUUUAAUAUCACGGGGUAUUUCAAGCACUUUAACUGCUUCUCAAAAUUAUGGCUGUACAGAAAACAUUGUCUGCAUGCUGCGUUCCGCACAAGUUGAAUGAUAACUGAAAAUAAAA